AGACGAAGACUUUUCACUCACAUGAUUCUUCUCGCCACUGACAUUGCCACCCAGAGACUCUUGGACAAUAAAUCACUAUAAUUUCCAACCCUUUCAGCCUGUUCAAUUUUCACCAAUAUGGAUCUAGACACCACUCAAUUAUUAGGAACUCCUUCCCCUUCUUCUUCUUCUUCUUCUUCUUUCACCAAUUCAUGGACCCACGAUGUGUUUCUCAGCUUUAGAGGUGAGGACACACGCUACAAUUUCACAGACCAUCUGCACAAAAAUUUGGUCCAGAGGGGCAUCAGAACCUUCAUAGAUGAUGAGCUCCCAAGAGGAGAAGAAAUAUCACAAACACUUGUCGAUGCAAUUGAAGGAUCGAGGUGUUCUGUCGUCGUAUUCUCUGAAAAUUAUGCAUCCUCCAAGUGGUGCUUGGAUGAACUCGCUCAUAUCAUGCAAUGUAGAAAUUCGAAACAACAAAUGGUUUGGCCAGUUUUCUACAAAGUGGAUCCCUCGGAUGUACGGAAUCAAAGAGGUAGUUAUGGUGAGGCACUUGCUAACCAUGAACGCAAAUUCGAAGACGAGAAACUUACAAACCAUGAUGAAAGAAAAUUCCAAGACAAUAUGAAGAAGGUUCUGAGAUGGAAGGAAGCUCUUACAAAAGCUGCACACUUGUCUGGGUCGCAUUACUUGGAGGGCCGUGAAACUGAAUUUAUUCAGAACAUUGUCAACGAGAUUUCCUUACAUGUAUUACAUGAUACCCAUAUCAAUGUGGCAAAAUACCAAGUCGGAAUAGAGGCUCGUGUACGAGAUCUUCAUAAAGUUUUAGAUGUUGACGGAAAUGAUGUUCGCAUGGUAGGAAUAUGGGGGAAUGGUGGAAUAGGAAAGACAACUGUUGCUAAAGCUGUUUAUAACUCACUGGCCCAUGUGUUUGAAGGGAGUUGUUUUCUGGAAAAUGUAAGAGAAAGAUCAAUACCAUAUGGAGGCCUAGUCGACCUACAAAAUCUUCUUCUUUAUGAGAUUCUAAGGGGAAAGGAAAUAAAGGUUACCAGUGCCGAUCAAGGAAUCAGUGUGAUAAAGGAAAGGUUGAGUCAUAAAAAGGUACUUGUAAUUGUAGAUGAUGUGGAUCAUUUGGACCAGUUAAACAACAUAGUUGGAGGUUGUGAUUGGUUUGGUUUGCGCAGUAGAAUUAUCAUAACGACAAGAGAUAAGCAUUUGCUAACUUCUCAUCAAGUUAGUAUUAUAUACAAGGCCAAGAAAUUAAACUUUGGUGAAUCUCUUGAUCUCUUCAUUAGUUGGAAUGGUGGGAGAAAUAAAAAUUUGGACGAUGAUUAUGUGAAAGCUGCAGAAACUGCGGUGAAGCAUGCUCAAGGUCUUCCUUUAGCUCUCAAGGUUUUAGGUUCUCAUCUAUGUGGUAGAAGUAUAGAUGAGUGGCAUGAUGCAUUGGAUGGGAAUCUGCACUCGGACAUUAAAAAAACUCUCAAAAUAAGCUAUGACGCAUUGGAAUAUUCGGUGCAAGAAGUUUUCCUUGACAUAGCAUGUUUCUUUAAUGGUAGAAAGGUGAACCAUGUGAUACCGAUCCUGGAAGGUUGUGACCUCAAGCCUAAGUAUGCCAUUAAAGUACUCGUAGACAAGGCCCUCAUAAACAUUGAACAAGGCGUAAUUGGGAUGCAUGACUUGCUUGAAGAAUUGGGUAGAGGAAUAGUUUAUCAAGAGUCGCCAAAUGAGCCUGGUGAACGUAGCAGAUUGUGGUUUCACGAGGAUGUUUAUCGUGUUCUAACAGAAGGAACAAUCCAAAUUUUCAAAGGCAUCAUAGCGAAGUUUCCGACACCAGAUGACAUAUGCUUGAGUUGUGACAGCUUCUCAAAGAUGAAAAACCUUCGACUUUUCAUCAAUGUGAAUGCACAAUUUUAUGGUGAUCACGUGGAUUAUCUAUCUAAUGAGUUGAGGUUUCUUUAUUGGCCUGAUUGUCCUCUACAAACUUUACCAUCUACUUUCAAUCCAAGGAAACUUGUUGAACUUUAUAUGCCUUGUAGCCGCUUGUCACAACUUGGGGAGGGAUUCAAGCGUUUGAAAAAUUUGAAGUCCAUGAAUUUUGAGAGCUGUGAAUUCCUAACAAAAACCCCAAAUAUCUCUGGAAUUCCAAACUUACAGUCCUUGAAUCUGGACGACUGCACGAGUUUAGUUGAGGUUCAUCCUUCUGUUGGAUUUCAUGACAAGCUUGUUGACUUGAGUCUUGUGAGAUGCCAUAACCUCACACUAUUUCCGAUAAUCAAGUCAAAAUCUCUAGAAGUUCUCAAUCUUGAAGAUUGCAGAAGACUGGAGACUUUCCCUGAAAUUGGGGGAAAGAUGGAUUCCUUACGUUGCAUGUUUCUAUCUGGUAGUGGCGUCAAAGAAUUGCCUGCGUCAAUUGCAUAUCUCAUCAGUCUUGAAUUUUUAGACCUAAGGAGUUGUGAAAAUCUUACGAAUCUGCCACCCAGCAUUUAUGAGUUGGAACAUCUAAACCACAUUUGUCUCCAAGGAAGUCGAAAGCUUGUUACAUUUCCAAAUAAAGUGAAGUCUGAAGUUUUGGGGAGUGCAGUAUCACAUCCUUUAGCGCUUCCCAGACUUGAGGCAUUCACUUUGGAAGGAAGCAAUUUAUCAGAAAUUAAUUUCCUCAGAACUCUUGAUUGUGUGUCUACAUUGAGCGCACUUGAUCUAACAAGAAGUGAUUUCCUUGUAAGUAUUCCCGUAUGCAUUACGAAAUUUGUCAAUUUGCGGGAGCUUUACUUGCAUGGCUGCAAGAGGCUUCAAGAUAUUCCUGAACUUCCACCAAAAAUAGUAAAGUUAGAGGCGAGUGAUUGCAUAUCAUUGGAAAGGUUUUCAUCAUUGUCCAACAUUCUGAAAGGUAAAAAAGACUCACAAAUGAUUGAGUUGGUGGACUUGUGUAAUUGCCAGAGACUGUGCGGCAAUCUGGCUCGUGACCUCACAAAGAAGCAAAACAUUUUAGCAAAGGAGCAGAUCACACUCUUCUUUGAUCACCUUCUGUCUUCACAGAAACAUGGAUUUCAGGUUGUAUUUCCAGCAAGUUUUGAAGCUCUCUCGACAUUGUUCAGCUGUCAUAAGGAUGUGAAGGAGCGUGAUGAAGCAUGUGAACUUUUGAUUGAAAUCCCUGCAAACUUCAAAUGCCAGAACCAAGGAUUGGCUCUAUAUGCUGCUGUUGAAAACCCACAAAAUAAAAGACGACGUUACCAUGGUUUUCUAACAAGAAUUUCUGUCAAUCAACCAGAAGUGGUACCUCAUUUUAUUCAGUUCGAUUACCAUUUCAGAAAGAUAGGGUCGUGUCAUGUGUGGCUGUGCUAUAUUCGAUUCAGAGAAAUGUUUUACCGGGAUGAUCAGAUUACCUGGCCGCAGUCGCCUUUUGUGUGUCGAGUUAAUUUUCAGAAUUUGACACAAGAUUCGCUGUGUUUUAAAAGCUUCGGGGUCCACCUGGUAAUGACACGGGAUGAUGAAGACCUGUCUAUAUUUAAGGAAGAUUGUGAGUCUGAAUCUGAUGACUUGGAAGAUGCUAAUGAGAGGUUUGAUGGAGAUAAUUGUGUUGAUCUAUGUGAAGAUGAGCAAGACUCGGAACAUGACUACUUCAGCUGUGAAGAUAAUGAAGAUGGCUACUUUUAUUGAAGAUGAUGAUGAAGAGGUGAAUAGGUAUUUCGGAGAAAGAGAUUUGCAAUGUUGGAAUAAGACAAAAGAAAAACUGAGAUGCAAUGGAAUACUAUUGAUGAAUAGCAAUAUGCCAAGUUGCCCACAAUCUAAAGAAGAGAGUUCCGUGCGCCCGCUCACGGGGAGCUUUUCAUUCACCUAACAAAACUCAUACCCCACUUUCUAGUCUCUCUCUCUCUCUCUCUCUUCCCAAGGAAUAUUCCUAAAACUAAAUCCUGUGUGCGAGCCUAUAACCAGCGGCUGUCUGUGACACACUGAUUUUUCAUCCAAUCCAAACCACAUGAAGGGCAAGGCCCUCUUUCUCUUUCUCUCUCUUCUAUAUAACCCAACAAGCAUAAUAGCCAGCUCUCCUCAUCAUCCUUGAUCAAACUCAAUAGUCAAGACCAAGCCAGAAUUUCAAGUUUUCAAGUUCAAGCAUGUCUGCAGUGGUGGAGGUUUGGAUGAGCGAGUUGGCAAAGCUGAAAGACAAGGUAGGGGCUAAGAAGAGAAUGGUGUUUUCAUCAAAGGGCAAACAAGGAGAAGGUGAUGAUGAGGUCAGGAAUGUUGGGGUGGUUCAUUUUUGCCGUGCAUAAUCAGACAAUCGAGCAUGGAACCUUUUGCAUCCUUGGCAAACUUCAGCAACACCAGCCUUCUGUUCGUUUCAAAUCUCAUGGCCCCUGAUCAUUAAAUGUGCCACGGUUAUCUUUGGAAAGAAACUGGCCACGAAUGUCCAAUAACUGCAUUAGGCAUGUGCCCACCCUAUAACGGUCAGCAGUUGAUUAGGCAGAGGACAUAGGGUGCCUUGAAUAAAUUAAUGAACGUUUCAUGCGAACAAGUCUUGCAGCUUGAAGCUGAACUCGAUUUCCGAACAAAACAAGGGCUUGCUUAGCUGCCUGCACUGCUUUAGUCCUUUUAUGAAGAUGGGACAACCUCACACACUAUUAUCCAAAGUAGAAAACUGUUGGAGGUUUGAAAAAGGUUUUUCCACAGUUGCAAUUUUAAGGAUUUUGGAUUUGUGGCAGCUGGCUUGCGUGGUGUAUCACAUUUGCUUAUCUCUGCUCCAUUCUCAGUAUCUCCAAAAGCAGUCUCUAGAAAACCAACACGAGGUCCGUAUCUCAAAUUUGCUUACCAAUGUUGCGUUUCAGAAAGAGCAGGAUCUUCAUCUCUGCAGGAAUACCAAAACUACAACACAACCUGAAAUGCUUAGUUUUUGGACAGCGCCAUCCUCUUUCAUAGUUGGAAACUUCGAGAGUUCCCUUUCUUUAACAUUUUUUUCUUCUUCUAGAUUUCUUCUGUAUUGGGGAAGGAUGGUAAGAAUGACAGUUGAAAGUAACCAAACAGAGCAGUGGUAUUCUUAAUAAAAAGAUGCACUAAACUAAAUCCAGUCCUCUUUUGAUAAAAUCUGAUCCAGAUUUUGGUACUCAGUUUGACUCUCGGGAAUCGUAUUUAUUAUUAUCAUUCUCUGAAGGGCGACCCAAAUACUGGAGGAAGAUUUGCAUGUCACGAGGAUAGCAAAACAUUCCAUCCAAUAUGCUCUGUAGUGUGGAAUCUUUAUCACAUGUAGUGUGGAAUUUUUAUUACAUGUGUUAAAGCGUGAUCGGUUGGAGAUAGCAAAACAGUGUUACCAAGCAAAACAGUGUUAUUCCCGUGGUGUACAAGUUUUUCUCCAAAUACUGAUUUGUGGUCAGACUGGUGAUAUAUUCUACUUGCCGGACCUAAGAAUUUCUCUUACUUAACCUAACUAAAGUUACGAUUUUGGGCCAUUAGGAAAAGAAAUACAGGAAGCCAUAUGAGAUACAUAGGAUAAGUAAAUGCCCAAUGUUUUCAUUUCCAUAUCGUUCUUUUCUAAUACCACUAGCUAGCUUGCCGUGGUUUUUGGGACUUCCUGUGGCCAGACUAGCCUGGGCCAGACAAGAAAGUUGAAUGAAACCGACCAACGUAGGUGCUUGUUUUUAUAAAAACAAGCCACAGAUAUAUAUAUACACAACCUUAUAUAUAGAACCUACCAAGUCCCCCAAAGCUUCAAAAUCUUCCCCUUUCACAAGCAUUUCAAGGUUGACGACAUUCAGUCAUGUCUGCAGUGGCAAGUAUGUGGAGUAGUGAGAUGAACAAGCGGACCCGAAAGGAUCAAAUCCUUGCCUCUAAUGCCUCGGGCUCAACUGAUGCUGGGUCUAGCCAGGAGGUGCAAGCAAAAAGAGGGAUCAACUCAACUGUCUUAGCUUCGAUUUUCAGCCGAGUCGAGGGUGCCAACUCGCUUUUGACUGGCUAUUCUGAGGCUUCAAUUUCCAUGCUUGUUGAUUGGUUUAGCGCUUGAAGGAUGUUGCUUCACCAUCUCUGUUUCUUUAUCUUCAUUUUCUCUUUAAGUAUUCAAUAAAAGUAUUGUACAGUUUUCAACACUGAAAUUAUGACUUAAGGCCAAUAGUUUAUUUAAUAUGUUUUUAUUUUAUUUUAUCAAAUAACAAA